UUAGUCAGUGCUUUCCUUUUCAAGCUUCACAUUUCUUGUGCACAGAUCUCUCUUUCAUCGCUCUGCUUGGCUUCAAAAUGCAUCGGCCUGCAUGCUGUGAGAAGGAAGGGCAGAAGAAAGGACCUUGGACAGCGGAAGAAGACCAAAAACUCGUUGCUUAUAUUCAACAACACGGCCAUGGAAGCUGGAGGGCCUUGCCUGAAAAAGCUGGCCUCCAGAGAUGUGGGAAGAGCUGUAGACUGAGGUGGAUUAAUUACCUCAGGCCUGAUAUCAAGAGAGGAAAAUUCACUUUACUGGAAGAACGGACCAUUAUUCAGCUCCAUGCUCUUCUAGGAAACAGAUGGUCGGUUAUUGCCACUCACUUGCCAAAGAGAACUGAUAAUGAGAUCAAGAACCAUUGGCACACACACCUCAAGAAAAGGCUAAUCAAGAUGGGUAUUGAUCCCAUGACUCACAAGCCGAAAGCCGAUGCCAUGGUUUCUCCGGCAGGCGGAGGCAAAAACGCCGCCAAUUUAAGCCACAUGGCUCAGUGGGAGAGCGCUCGCCUUGAGGCUGAAGCUAGGCUGGUUGGUCGGAGGUCAAAACUAGUGUCGAGUCCUACCCAAAAUCCGUCUCAUCUCUUGACCAACAAAACCGUAGCUCCCAGGGCCGCUAGACCAAAGUGCAUCGACGUGCUCAAAGCUUGGCAAUGUCUGGUCGCUGGAAUGUUUUCCUUCGCCAGCCACGGCACUCUUGAGUCACCGACCUCAACACUGAAGUUUCCAUAUUCCGGUGCAAAUAUUCAAGUUCCUGAAGAUUCAAUACUCUCCUUUAAUGGUGAGAAAUACCUUGAUAGAGCCAACAAAAUGCAAGAAUUCGAGGGGACAAGUGAUCCUAACUUCAUUGAUAUGAGUGCAUGGUUUGAGGAUCCAUUUAGGGCAGGAAACGAUAUAGCGAAUAUAAUGGAGGAACUUUCGGAAGACAUUAUGGGUAAUAGUGGGGUUAUGAAGAUGAACUCGUCGAUGAUGAGAGUGGAGAAGUCCAAAAAUAUGGAAAGCUGCAGUGGGAUUAUUACGGUGGAGAAUAGGGACUAUUGGAAUAGUUUACACAGUUUGGUUAGCUCCUCAUCUGCAGUUGGUUCACCAGUGUUCUGAUAUAUAUGAAUAAUGUAAUGUGGCAGAA